AUGACGAAUACAGAUGAUCCUUAUCAAUUUGCCAUGAAUGAAUCAAUCUCCGAUAGAUCUCGUACGCGAAGUUCAAGUCGUAAUCGAAAACCUACUUCAAGGAAUGUGUCAAAACCUAAUCAACAACGUAUUGUUACGCGUUCUUCUCAAAAAACUCCUUUAACACCAAUGACCGAUGAAAAUGAUAAUUCGUUUAUGUCAAAUAUUCAUUCAGGUUUCUCUCAAUUUGUUAAUCCAAAAAAACGACAACGUGAUGACAAAAAAACUAAAACAUUAAAACGACCUAAAAUUACAACAGAUAAUGAUGAAAAUCAAUCACCAAAUGAAGAAAUACAAGCAAUUGAUCAAGUUAAACUUAUCUAUGAAACAAAUGGUGGUCGUACAAAUCUUGCUCGAGCUGCAGCAACAAAUGCUCAAAUUCUUGCUAAUAGAAAUCCAUCAAAUGCAACUUUUACUUUAAAUGUUCAUAAUCAUAUUAUUGAUGAUACACAAAUAGAUACAUUAGCUAUUCCAGAUACAUUGGCUGAUAUGAAUACUCAACAUAAUGAUAGUUCUUGGCAAAGAGAUAUUGAUCGAUUGAUGAAAAAACUUGAAGAACCAUCAACUUCUUCGAAAUUACAAACACAAAUUGAAGAAACUCAAAAAGAAGAUGAUGAAGAAGAAGAAGAAAUUAGAUCUGGUCCGAUUUAUAUUUCACAAACAGGAAAAACUCAACAACGAUUCAUUCGAACAGACAAAACUCAAACACAGCCAAUACUACUUCCGCCACCACCACCACCAGCACCUUCAACAACAACAGUAACAACGUCAGUUACUCAAAUGAAUGAAAUUGCAAUACAAACUGAAAAUAGUCAGAAUCUAUCAUCUAUGCAUGCUUGCUGUCAAGAUGUUUCAACUUGUCCGUGUGUUCUCCGAUAUAGCAAAUUAGAACGUUUAUUUAUGGAAAAAAUGUCUCGUUUUAUAAGCAUUGUUCCAACAAUACCACCAAAUCCAGAAGCACCAAUAAUGAUGUCAGAUACUCAUCCUAAACGUCGACCAUUACAACAUUAUCCACGAUUUCGACGUUUUCGUGGUCGUCGUAAAAUAAAUCAUCGAAUGGUUAUACCUUCUGUACAUAAUAAUGAAUCAACUACAGUUGAAGAAACAACGUCGGAUGAAACAAUGAAUGAAAUAGAUAAUCAAGCACAAGAAAAUGUUGAUCAAACUGAAGUUGAUGCUUCAAAUAUAACAAUAAAUCCGAUAGAAAAUAUAGCUUCAACAACAAUAACAAUAGAAAAAAAUGUUGAACCAAUAAAUGAUUUAUCUGCAAUUGAAAAACUUGAAACAACUACAAUAAUUGAUCAUCCAUCAACACUUUUAAUACCAUCUGAGAAUAAUAGUUGUUUAACUGGUCGACACUUAGUUUUAACAACAUCAUCACUUGAUGAAACUCAAAAAUCUCAAUUUCGUUUAUUUACUAAUCGUUUCAAUGUUUCAACAAGUUCAACAGUUGAUUCUUCAACAACUCAUAUAAUCGUAAAUGAUAAUUCUCAACUUGUUUGUCCAUUAACUGGAAAAAUAAUUCAAGGAAUUGCUCGUCAUUUAUUUAUUGUUUCAUAUCGUUGGUUAAAUGAAUCAUUAUCGCAAGAAACAAUUGUUGAUGAACGUCCAUAUGAAAUACGUGGUGAUACAAGUUUAGGUGUUGAUCAUGGUGGAAUGCGUCGUUCACGUUUAACACCUUCAUAUCUAUUUACAGAUUAUUCAAUAUGUUUACGUUGUUCACCAAAUGAUUGUGCGCCAUUACAAACAAUUGAACAAGUUCAAGAAUUAAUUGAAUUAUGUGGAGCUAAAUUAGUUCGAAAUUUUAGUGAAAUAAGAACACUUGAUAAAGAUAGACAAAUGAUUCUUGUUCUUGGAAUAAAUGGAGCAUGUGGAGGAGAAAAAAAACGUAAAGCAAUUUUAGAUACAUGUCAACAAUUUAAUGUUCGAUGUGUUAAUAUUCAUUGGUUACUCAUUUCAAUUGCCAAAUUUGAAGUACAACCAUUGGAUAAUUAUGAUAUUAAUCAAGUUUGA